UCUGUUUCCCGAAUCAUAUCUAAACAAAUUUACAAAGAGAAUAAGAAAUAAAACUAGUUAUAAAGAUAUUUUACAUAUCAAUGUUCGUUAUACGUUAAAUCAUGUCGAAAACGUUUUUAAUGGAUAUAGAAACAAGACGAUCUUCAUUAAAACAUACUUCUUCCAUUGAACAAGUCUUCUGUGUUUUCAUCUUAUCCACUAUUGCUCAAAUAUUCGCCCAAAUCUACCCAACCAGUUCGCUGCCUAAAGCCGUACACCCAAAGCCUGCUGCUGUAACACACAACGAUAAAAAAGACGACGACACAAUUUGGGACGGAAAGUAUUUCAGUGACCCUCCUGCUAAAAAGUUUGGCCAUAGGAACAGAACUGUUAAUUUAAGAGACUGGCGCAUGAUAUUCAUCAUGGAAUAAAUGACUAACGCAACGCAAACAUGUCUGAUACUAAGCCUUUUAAAGCCUGGUUGGCAGAGCUGUUUUAUUCAGCCUCCACAGUGAAACCUCAAGCCUCCAGUUCAAGCCAGAAAUCUCAAGGAUUAUCUAUCCCUGCUAAGUGCUCAACGAGGCCAGUGGAUAUAAUUCAGAACUUACGUGAAAUAGGCGCGUCCCAAAGUAAAGGGAGAACAAUUGCUGCGUUCACGCGACAAAACAGCACCGGUUGUUUUGAUACUUUAUCAACUUCCACUUACCCACCUACUAAAACUGAUUUCAACAUAGACGAGAUCACGAUGGGAAAUACAUUAAAACCUGGCAUUGCUGGUCGUACAUUUGAUCCUAGAGACCCAACGGGUUUACAUUUCAACAAAAUUCUUCGAAAUUUUCACGGAAAACUCGACGAAAUGAACACUCCCUAUCAUUCCUCAUUGCCUUGUGGUUUGAACUCCAAGGUAGAAUCCCCUGGGGUUUCCCCACGGAUAUUUCAAGGCUGUGGGAAUCCCAUAGCAGUCGCAAAGUUUGUUUUUCCUGUUACUGAUUUUUCUAUUGCAGUUCCAAACGUAUCGCAAGCCACCAGCAAACCAAUGGAGCGAAGUGAGCUUGUAAUUACAACAAAUGAACCAAAUGUAAAUGUUGUUGAACCAAUUUUCGCUUGCGCUAAAGCUGUUCAAGAAAUCAACAUAAUGAGCAAAGAAUGUUUCAAGGAGGUACAAAUGCAUUCCAAGCUUGAUCCUAUUAAAGCAACACCCAGUGUCACAAAUAUUGCAACUUCCUCUGCUGCUGUUACUGAAGAAGAAACGCAAAAGAACACACCAAAACUUGUAAAGUGCAAAAACCCAUUAAUUGCGCGAAUUAUGUCAUAUGAACCAGAUUCUGAGUCUGAUUUCUCGGCGGACGAAGACUCUUCUUCCUUUGCUGAUGAAGAUUUUAGUGAAUCUUCGUUCUCAGACUCCGAUCUUGAGGAUGGGAGUGACUUGGAAGAGGAAGAUCUUGCUGACAUGUCAUCUGAUUAUUCAGAUGAAGACACAGAUUCGGACGAACAAGAUUGUCCAUGGGAACGAAUUAUUUCGUGCCGAGUCCCUUGGACUUGUAAUAGAAGUCGCACUCAAGUUACGAGUCGUAAAUCUUCGCUUUCCGAUAAUUGUUCCUCUCAAUCCUCUGAAUCAAGUGACACGCAAUGCACCAACAGCCCAGAUAUGCAAACCUCCUACGCAGCGCCGAGCGUACACGAGUUAUCCACCCAAAACAAACCCCCAACCACUGUGAAACGACCAACUUGUUCCAACUCCCAUAUUUCCUUCAUCCUCGGGUGUCCAGAGUCCGACUGUGAAGAGGAUGGAGAUGAUCUCAACCCAACCUCACCUGCAACUCCUAAUCUCUGCGAAGACGCAAACGAGCUGUGGGCGUUCUUUACCCGCUGCCACGAAAAGUUGACGGUAAACUGGACCACUUUCAAUAAAUCACAUUCCGAUCCACAAUUGUUCGAAACUCGUAAAAACAUUGAAACCAAAGAAUCCCAAACCCACCAACAACCACAAAUAAGUGAAGAUAUUUCAUAUAAAGCCCCUUCCAAGGUUCGAUUUAUGGACAAAGUUGUUGUUCAUCCAAUGGUAGCUUGGUCGUAUGCGUACAGGGAGGCACGGAAGGGUCGAUGGGACAGCGCGGCACGUGACCGGCAUCGAUUCGGCGACCGUGUACGUUGCGUGGGGGAUGCGAUAUCUUGGUGUUUCAACACCAGCCAUAGGGGGAAGAUAUACGCGACAAGAAUGACUUCAAAUUAAGAGUUUUAUAUAUUGUUAUAAUAAAUGUUGAAUUACAUUUCCUUUCUUUUCCAUUUCAAUGUUUUAUGUGAACUAAUGGUCAAAGAAUAUUUUAUCUUUUGUAACAAAAUGAAAAAAUAGAAAAAGGUAUGCAAAGAAUGGAUAUUGCUUAUUAACUCCUAUGUUGUGCUAAACAUUCGCUAUGUCGGUUUAAGGUACAGGUGUUGGUGAAACUGGAAUUAUCAUUCUUUGUGCAAUAAAAUGCAGGAAAUAUG